CUCCUCUGAAAUAACUAACAGCCGUCCUCGGUGAUGGAAAGUGUUGCAAAGUGACAACAUGCAAAAAUCAUUAUGCUGCCCUCUUUGCCUCAUUGACCUCCACAGCUAAAUCGAUCUCAACUCGUAGUUACUCUCUAAUAACGCCACGAAUUCCGCCCAAUAAAGAGUUAGCAUUAUUCAGAAAUAACAACAAGACGUGUCCACCGAACUGCUAGCCGUUUGCACAGACACUGGGUUCUUCUAUCUGGACUGCACAGACUGGAAAGAUGGCUCUCUGUCAGGCCGUCAGGUUCAACAGCUGUUUCAAAUCACGAAAACCCUGUAUGAUCUCCCUCAGCGCGAAAAGAGUGCAUGGGUAGCCAACCAUAAUCACGAAGAGGAAAUGAUCGUGGGUUCCAAGGAGGCUGGGGUGGGCUCAGGGCCAGUCGUGGGGCGAAAUGAUGGGUUUGAAGGAUUCAUGAUAUUUGAACAACCCCCGCGGAAUGUCGCUGAUACUGCCACCAUGGUCGCGCCUGGCCCACUCCAAGCAGGCGGUAAACUUCUGCAAGCGAAUGUAUCUGCGCUCCGGGACAUUAGCCUCGCCAUUCUGGACAACCUGUCUCAAUCUUUGGGUUUGACAGGGAAGUUCAACCUCACAUCCGUUCAUCGAGCGGACGAAGUAUCAAUCACACCCCUCGGGCUUCUCAAGAACCUCCCCUAUGGCACAUCUGAAGAUAUUGGGGUGGGCCACAUCGCGGAUACGGACGCGGGCAGCUUGUCGUUUGUGUUCACCGAGGUGCCAAGGCUGCAAGUAGCACUUCCAGGAACGGAUGAGUGGUUAUAUAUCCUGCCGCGAGAAGGCCGUGCGAUUGUGAAUGUAGGAGACUCGUUGCAUCUUGUUUCGCAAGGGAGACUGAGGUCGAUUUUGCAUCGUGUGGUGCCGUGUCCGGAUGCCCUUAACCGCACCAAGUAUACCGUCGUCUUCUUAGUGCGCCCAGAGACCGACGCAGUGUUUAUUGAUGGCAAUGGAAAGGAGGGGAAGAGUAAGGAUUGGUAUCUCAAGAAGUUUGAAAUUUUUGAAAAAGGAAACAUUGAUCAGAGCCACAGUGCAGUGUUGACAGGACGGAAUAACUAUGACCGGUGCUGGAACCCGUUGGCUGCGGCUUCGACUGUUUAGACCAUCAAGGGAUCCAGCAGGCUAUGACGCCGUCUAGACCUACUCGAUAGCAACUACACUUUACACUUGCCUUUUGACUGGCUUCCUCUGCACGUGUAUAUCGAAGAUUUAUGUGUAUUAAAAUCGUGGUGUAUCCUACUAUUGCUUGCUCUGCUCGCGCAAAGGCUAUCCGUUGUUGCUGCCCGCCAGAAAGCAUACCGC